AUGACAGAGAAUGACAGGUGGCGAGGCACUGAUGAACUUCGGUUCGAUGAAGUGCCUAUGACCCAUCUGCUAGACCCCAGUGGUGGACCAACUGCGCCAGGUGCGUCUGCGCGCAUGUUUGUGUUUCUGGUCCCAGCUGCUGGUGGUCAGGGUUACAAUUGGCUGAAUGAAGGCAGAAGAAGCCCUAACCAGUACUGUAUCAAUCUACCUGCAUUCUCUGUCGUCCCUCCUCGCUGAUAUAUAUACACUUACAUGAAGUGAUCCCUGGCACUUCAUGCUUUCUUCUCGUUCACCUUCCGUAGAUCGCAUAUACACCAUGCUUGGCGGGUCAACACAACUCUCGGUGGAGAUAUUCGAUGUCAUAACAAAGCAGAGUAAGUGCGGCGCGAUUGGGGCUUUCCAGAACUGGUCCUAUUCAGCUGUCGGAAUCCAUGACCAUAUCCUCGUCUUGGCUGGCAACGAUAGAUCGUCAACCUGGUGGGCCUACGACACACUCUCUAAUAAGUAAGUGAUUCUUUUCAUCUGCAGAUUUUGACUUCAAACUGCUGUUCCUCUGACGAACUUUGGUCGGUGACUGACAUGACAUCCCAGGACCUUCUGUUCACGCUGUUCGGCAGAGCCCAGAUGUUUUACUUCGCCUAAACAACAAACUAGCACCUAUGGGAUAUUUUACAACUGGAAAGAGCAAAUUCAGCGUCCUAGUUGCGGAUAUUUGUGGCCAUCUAUUAAGCUGUUUGAUAUAAAUCGACUAUUUAUUGUUCCGUUUUUUGUCUUUCACCCAAUCCUUGCAGUAAUAUUGCUGAAAUACUAUCCCAACAUACGGAUUUUUUUUGGAACAGUAGCGUAGUUUCUUGUCAAGUGGACAAUUUUGCGGAACAGAUCGCCGUAGAUGUAGCCGAUCUGUGUAAAUGUGCAUAAAAAGUUGCGAUGAGCGGUGAUGGAUUUGAAUGCAGCAGAUGCCUGUUAAGGAUUUACCAUAAACAAUUUAGGUGAUGCAAGAGGUGGCAGAGAAAUUCCGCCAGUUUGAAAACUAGUACUAGAAAGUGGCCCAUGAAGUUACUAGGGAAUUUGGAUAAUAUCGGUGCUGGCGAGGAUUGGAUAUGUAAGCGCACUGAGAAAAUAGGGCCCACGGACUCAUGUAAUACGGAAAGGAUGCUAGGGGCAGAUGAACGCGGCAAUUAUCGGAGUCUGCAAAAGGCAUUGACGACCAAAUAUAUAGACAGAUAGGCAGAGUUGCUAUGGGAUCGCCUCUUCGUCCUCCCCUAGCCGAUGUCUUCGUGGGCAAGCGGGAGAAGUUCCAGUUAAACGACCAAAUCUAAGGCACUACAGUCGUUACGUUGACGACAUCUUCGCAGUUACCACUACAGAGGCCAACCUAACUACCCUUUUGGAUGCUUUAAAUCAAACACACUCGUCGAUCAGGUUUAUAGGUCAGUAUAUUUUAAGGGUAAUAGGCAAUGCCUUUGAAAACCCUAUUGUAAACGGUACAUGCAGUAUCUAACUUUAAAUAAACAUGGUACUAAAAUGUUGUCAGUAAUAUAUCCACUUAACAUAAUAUUUUCCAUUGAGAAUGCAGGACCGAAGCUCAAGAACAUUCAGUUGUAGAUGAUAUCGGUAAAAUAACAGUCAUCCGCAUUAGCGGUGGGUGUAUGCAAGGCGUUGGCUUGGCACCACAGAGUUGUUCUGUCCAGACAAGCGGUAUUGACCAAAAUGACACAAGGUCUGGGAGCACUGCCCUAUGAAACCAGACUGUCAAUCCUCAACCUGUUUCCCCUUUCCUACAGGCAAUUGCGUGGUGAUCUUAUACUAACAUUUCGCAUUAUCAACGGCCUAGACUGUUGUUUAGAUCCCACUGAUUAUUUCACCCACGCUAACACGCCCACUUUGCGCGGUCAUCCCCUGAAACUACGCGCAGGGAAAUCAAGAAUCAAUGGACGGAAGUUCUUUUUCAGUAACAGAGUGGUUGCAGCGUGGAAUGCCCUGCCUACUGAUGUUGUAACCUCCCCCUGUGUGAAUUCCUUCAAGUGUAGACUUGACAUGCAUCAAGCUUCCCAAUUACCACUCUCACAUCCACUCACAUAACCCGGUACAAUAUUAUAGUGUUUAUACUACUUGUAAUUAGUGAGUAACAGUUAAUGAUUACUCUUUUUCGACUAGCUGUCAGCUGUCCGCGAGUAUGUACAAAAUCCCUUUUUCACUUGCAUUCAGGGUUUAAAAACCACAAGCCGUAUAUUUUCCGCAUACGGAAAACCAUACAGUUCUCUACGGUAUUAAAAGGAGACCAUAUGGGGUUCCUAAAAUUUAGCAGUGGAUUUGGGCCUUAUUGUUAACUUUGCGAGCCACAUUGGUAAAUGCAGAGACAUGACGUUUUAUGAACGGCCAUUUCACGGUAUUAAAAAAAAUUCACAAUUAGAAAUUUUUUUAAAACCAACUUAUACACUUCCUUCGAGUAUAAACUUGGAAUAAAACGUAAUUGCCUAGCGAAUAAUUAAAAGAAUGAACAUUUUUAUGCAUGUUUUCCGUGAAAUAUAAUUGAAUUCUAAAGGGCGUCGAAAAUCAAUGAGAAAAUUGAAUGCUACUUCAGUAGUCACUUUUUGCAGAGUAUAGUUCUUGAAUGCAGUUGGAAAGAAGUUCAUUCGAAAGCCGGCACUCUGCGGUAACUGGAUUAUUAUAGAAUUAUGCUGGAUGGUAAUUAAUUUUACAAACAAACUUAAUUAAUGUUUUCGAGACGAAAACGUAUUUCGACAUUUCGGCUGACAUUUCAUGAGUUAGCCCACCUACUGUAAAAGAAUCCUGGACCUGCUUCGCGAGUACCGGGUAUCCUGACAGAUUUAUUGUAAAGAAUCUUGCUGAACGACCGGCAAAACUCAUCAUAUCGACAGCGGAAAAGGAAAUCCUGCUCCUCAAACUCCACUUUCAAGGGGACGCGGCGAUUGAGCUCCCGAGAAGACGCCUCGACCAAGCUGUUUAACUAACCUUCCCUGCCGCAGGAGUUAAAGUAUUAUUGUCGAUCAACUCCGUCUUACGCGGGAAGGUAAGGAUAGGCUACCAGCUCAGACCACCUCCAUGUGCACUUACUCUUUUGCUUGCUCCUUUGGAACAGGCCAUAUUUAUCGUACGAGUCGGCGACUAUCCACAUGAAUACGAUAAUACCUGCCGGCAUGGAUGAAGAAAGGUGAAGUUAAAAGCAUACACAGCUCCAUCCUCGCACACAUGGUUGAUUCUGGGUAUCGUGCUGACUGAAAUGAAGCCUUCCGUGUGAUUUAUAAGGUCCUACCUAACUACCCCGGGUCAGUGCUUUCUAACAACAGUAGAAACGACUGCGAUCAGGCUACGGAGGCCGGUCCUGUGCGCCCAAAAGAACCUCCUGCACGCCCCGCGUCUACCCUAACCAAAGGUGGAUUAACUGUUUGCACGUCUCCGCGCCCCCGUUCCCCCAUCCCCUUCCCCUGUGACACGAUUCUACCUAACGCUCACUGUCACUUACUGCCUCCCCCCCUCUUCGCACAUCCCGCUUGUAUGAGAAGACGAACCGUAAUCGAUUCCUCUUGUCGCUCACGCGUCUUACUUUGUGCCUCGUUCCCAUAUGGAAUGCACUGGCCCGACCAGAAUUUGUCGGAAACUCGCGUGCGCUCGCCAAAUGGUCUUUUCAGUUUUGGAUAUUUACUCGUCAAGUUAUAAGCUUCAAAGGUAUUUUCUGAACCCCAAUCUCUACCUCCAGAUGGAAAAAAGGCCCAAAACUGCGAACACUCCGCAGAGAGUCGUGUCUGGUGACACUGCAGAACCGAUAUGUCCUGCUGAUUGGUGGCCUUUCCUCCUCGUACGGGUAUUUGCAGUCUGUGGAAUACUGCGAGCCAGGUCAUGCAGGCGUAGAAAACGACGACGCCUUCUUUGAUGUUGUUGGUUCAACUUGGACUCACCCAGCUCCGCCCCUGCCGGAGGUGCUGGUGGACGUAAGCGCGGCCGAGCUGAAUGGUCGCAUCUUCGUGAUAGGCGGUUCAACCAAAAACUGGGGUACCGCUGCCAGGACUGCCGUCUUCAUCCCGCAGAUGGGUGCCGACAUCGCCGACUGUGACGAUAGCCUGCCGCGCCUUGGGGGACAGUGGUUUCUGCUGUCGCCAGAGUCCUCGCCGUCCUCGUUGGCGUCAAACCUUGUGAGCCACGCUGGUCGUCUCUAUUUUCUCGGUACGUGCUUACCCUUCUGUCACCCAUCGUCUCCUUUUAGCUGACGAGUGAGGUAAAACGUCUGUAAUUGGGAUGCCACAUUCCCAAGAUUGAAAUGCGGAUGGGAACAAGAACGAGGAGGAUUAUUCGCAAGUACUUGUACGCACGUCUGUCUUCCGUGCCUCGAAGUGUGUAAACCUCCGAGCGUGCGUGUUUGGUCUUCUCGCGCGUGGCACGCGUAGACGGCAGGUCUGGCUCUGCCAGCGACUGUGUCCCGGAACAGUGGUUUUCCUCGUCGUUUACGGCGGGCGCACUGCGAGCAUACACUUUAUACGGUCACGAUCACAUGUGACCUGGCACGUCCCAUAGAUGUUCCGAAUGGGGUCAUUCUACAUCUGACUGUCUGACUCUCUCUCUCUUCUAACGACGAAGACUGAAUGCCAACAUUCCAAGAGCCUGGUGGUGCCUGUGGUGGUGGUGGUGGUGGUGCCCCUAAUACGAGUCACGCGGUAGAUGCGCUGGACCGAAACGUGGUCUAGGUUGGAGUCCGGUUGGCGUUAUUAGGAAUGCGCGACCAUGACAAACGUCAACGCCUUUGGCGUGGCGUCAGCUCCCGGUGCAGGCAAACCCCUCCCGAGCCGCCACGUCUUUCAUCUUGGUGUAAAAUUCUGGUUAGUAGACACCGUGGACCAGAGGGUGUGGUGGUACCCCCAAGUGCGGGUUUUCGUCGUGUCAACCACCUGCAUCUCUCUUGGCUUCCGGUCUCCUUGCCUUUGCCAUGACAGCGGGCCCAGGUGAAGGAUGAGAAGGAAGUGCAAUGGGUGCAGUGAAAGUCUAAUAUCGCUAUAAGCUCACCCUCAGGUCCCCGUCCCUGCGUUCACCCUGCUGUGGAGCACUCUGUGGGCAGCGCCAGUCACGAUCAUCAAGCUCUCCGUUAAAUAGAAGCCGCUCCACUCGUCCACAGGUGUCUGCGACCCCUCUAUCGACGUAUGCCUCUUCCAUGUAAACUGCUGCGUCAUGCCGGAUUUUUCUUGUUUCCAUCCCUUAGGUCGUGACCUGUAUAAUUACGACGUUGGUGUUGCUCAGUGCUUCCGACCCUGCAGCGAGGAAGAGCUUGAAAACCUGAGGCAAGAGGCCAGCGAGAGAGAUAUCGCUGUGGAUGAAGCUGCAUCUGAAGCGAAGGCAAAUCCGGCUGAUGAAUCUCCAGGCCCUGAAUCCGACGAAACGGAGGAAGAUAACGUCACAACACUUCCUGACUCGGUAAGUUGUGCCAACUGAUACCCACUCCCUCUCCUGAACUGACUAACCUCAAGCAAGAGGCAGGAGCGUUGACGGCGGGGAGAGAGUGGGAGUGCAGUGAUCCACCGCAUGCCUCAUUAGUUUUUAUGGCAGACAAGUCUACAUGACUAACUCCCCGAAUCAGAACUGGGCAGCAGGGCUAGAAAAAAAGUGUAUUGACGAGUAACCAAGUACGUGUAUACAGGUGAAAGAAACAUUUGAGAGUACACAAGGUCAAGCUAAUAAUGGACUAGUCCGGCAAUGUACUUGCCUUGCCGCUUUUUCAGCUGAACUACUGGCUUCCCUGAUUGGCUAGAUGUAUCUCCAAUCCUGUAGUGAGCAUGCGCAUCAUUAGCAGCGAAUCGUGUAGGACGGCUCUUCCUCACAGGUUUGGCGUCAUACGAUUUUACCUGACCAGUCUGCGAUUGAAACCCCCUGGCCCCUUUUGUGAACCAAUAGCAUCCACGCUGUUGGUUGGCUUAGACUCGACGCUCAUACAGUGUGAUUAGACGUUGGUUUGGCUUUAAGUUUGAGGCUCAAGGUGCUAGUUCGUCUAUUAGUUGGGCUCUUAGGAUCUACUUAGCAACAGGGAUCGACCUUCUCUGGCCAGUCGAUAAUGCUUCCGGGGCCUCAUUUAUCUGCUGGGUUUCCCUUUUCCCCGACAGUAAAAACGCCCAUAAUCAUCAUCAUCAUUGGCACAACAACGACAUCAAUCAUCACCAUCACUUCUUCCUCGCCACCAUUCUUAUAAAUUGCACUAGCCGACCUGACCUGGAAAUAAUCUAAUCGAGCCUGCUGUCACUGUACUCGGAAAUUUGCCGGUGGUUUUCAGUGUGAACCAAACCCCAUUCUGGGGGAGGGAGGAGAACGGUGGUGCAGCAGAUAUCACGUGGGAAAACUCGUUCGGUUUUGAGCCUGCACACCGAACUCGCCCCACCGACGUGAUUAAUUCAAACAGAGUCUGAACACGUCAUGUUGCCUCUGUAAAAAAUUCAUUUUAACCCAAAUGGGGAAAAAAGUCAGCGACCUCUGUGGGAGGAGGCAUCAUGAAUAUGCGGAACCCGUCGGUCAGUUCGUCUGUCUGCGCCUACGUGGUUUCUGUCACUAGAGUAUCUGCAUGACGAUUUUUGCUAUCAGCCACUUUGAAAUUGCCAAUCGGUAAGAUGAUACGGUCUCCUUGGAACGCCCUGGGUUGAACACGAACGAGUGCGUUGGACCAAGAACGGGGAUCACAUUGGCGCCCCACAGAACACAUUGAUCUGGCUGCGCAGAGUUCGCCUGAGUCCAUUGCCACUGCCGUACAUUAGGCGUAGACCGCCUCAACCACUGCGCCCAAGCCCACCACCAUCAACUGACUUACAAGGGGAAGGGGGAGUGGAGCAGGCACCGGGGAAUCCAUCCGCACCACCUCUCAGCACAUUCGUCAGCAUAAUCCAUCUGGCGCACCUGGAUCCAAUCACGACGCACAAUAAGGCAUGGCUGAGGGGACAGCUCGGUCCCAGCGAGGACUGUGGCUGCAAUGGUCCCAUCUUGGUGUGGUCCCCAUGGCACAGUCACUCACGCCAGAUGCUAGCCGACCUGUGGCGGCAACCGGGUCAUGUGGGUGGCACGCGUAGACGGGCUGUUUAACUUUGUCUGCUACCCGCCCGCGCCUGCCUCCGGUCGUCUUGGCAUAGCCCUGCUUUCGGGACACAGUGGGCAGGGGGGAGGAGAGAUUGCGGUAGAUGCUGCGUGAGCCUGCUUCUCUACAAACUAAUUCGCGCCAGCGUAGCCGAUGCUGCGUCAACUUCGUGGGCCUCCCUCUGGACGUCGUCGCUUGCGACGGUCGAGCAAUCACUUUCACGCAUGUGGGCGGAGUGAGGCUUGACGAAUCCGGCGACCGAGACCUGGCGGCAUUUCCAUACGGGUUAUCUCUCUCGCGUCGUCAUGCUAUCGACUGCCUUAUUUGCGUGUAAUUUAGGCCAAUCUUUAUUUUUUUUCUGCACUGCGACUCACGAUGCCACGAUCCCCCAUUACUGGCACUAUUUUUAUUUACCCUAGGACCCGUUAAGUACCUGGCGUUGGCGGCCAUUCUGCGCGCCUGACCAGCCUACCCGUGUCUCCUGUGCCGGUGUCAUCAAUGUCACUAUCCCAAGUGGCCGAAAAUGAAGAACUUGCUUUAUUUAUUUGCCUUUCCUUUUCACUGCCUCCUAUUUUAAUACCUUUACAAGUCGUCUGUGAUGAAUUGUUCCUCAUUUGUUUUCUUUAUAUGUGGAAAAGCUUUUGUCAGUCUCUACUAAGGUCCUUGCUAAUCGCCGUGUUAUCUUCCUCGUCUUGGUGGCCUUGACCGCGCGUCAUGUGUUCCACAAGGGGGGGCGGUGGGGGGUGGGGAGAAAUCAAUAGCACUAGUCUAUCGGAGGAUGCGUAGAAGAGAGGGAUCGUUCUGGAUUCGAAGGCAAAAUGUUUCUUCUGGCAGAAAUCGAGCAAAUCUGUUCUUCAAACUCACUUUCCUGAUGGUGGGGGGAAAUGCUAAAAAAGCUGCUUGGAUUACUCAGGGCGGAUUAUUCCCCGGGGCCUAGUGUGUAAACUUCAUACCUGAUAUCAGUUUAGUUCUUCCGGAUUAGAUUAAGCAGGGCAGAAAUAUGACCAUCCCUUCCCCCCCCCCGCCUAUCUGGAAUCCUUGCCCACAUGGCAGACGUCUACAUUUGGUUAUCCGCCUCGGGAAUGAUGAUUUCGACUAUAUGUCCAUAAUAUUCAUUUCCUAAAAUCACAGUGAUUCGGCCGGAGUUUGAUUAGCUGCCUCGAAAGUAAUGCAUUUGAAGACCUGCGCCUGCUGUGGUUUAACGACCUAGCGACCAGUUAUCACGCUCGUCCGCCACGUAUAGAGGCGCUUUCAUUUUCUGGCCUUAACCUUUGCCUUUUCGUGCGCGAAUCAGUUGGGGGGAGGAGGAGGCAUCAUUUUGACAUACAAUGGGACGAACCACUGUUGACGCCACCCUUUGCCCAUUCAGAUCCUCUGUCUGCGCCGACGUGGCCUUCAAAGUUUAGGACAUGGUAGUAAGAGUUUCUGUCAUCAGAGUAUCGGUUUGACGGUUUUUGCCAUCAGCUACUUUGAAACCACCAAUCGGGAAGAUGAUACUGACACUUUGGAACGCCCUGGGUCGAACACGAACGAGUGCGUUGGACCAAGAACAGGGAUCAGACUGGCCCCCCAAAGGACACAUUGAUCUGGCUGCGUAGAGCUCAUCUGAGUCCUGAGGCCGUACAUCAGACUUAGACCACGUCAGCCACUGUUCCCAAGCCCACCACCACCAACUGAUUUACAUGCCUGUGAGAGGGGAGGGGGGAGUGGAGCAGGCACCGGGGAAUCCAUCCCCACCACGUAUCAGCGCAUUCGUCAGCAUAAUCCAUUUGGCGCACCUGGAUCCAAUCACGACGCGUCAUGAGGCAUGGCUUGGAAGGCUGCCAACUAAGGAGACAACUCGGUCCAUGAGGCUGCAAGAUGUGACCUGACCUGUGGCGGCAACCUGGUCGUGUGGAUGGCACGCGUAGACGGGCUGUUUAACUUUGUCAGCUACUCACAUGCGCCUGCCUCCGGUUGUCUUGUCAUAGCCUUCCUUUCGGGGCACAGUGGGCAGGGGGAGGAGAGAUUGCGGUAGAUGCUGCGCAUGCCUGCUUCUCUACAAACUAAUUAGUUGCUGACCUUUAAAGCCACGGCUUUUAGUGCAUCGUGGUAGAUGCAAGUUCGUCAUAUUGUUUAGAGUGAAAAAUGUGCGCAGAGAUGAUUGACUUCAGUCUCGCUUCCCACUUCCAAGCACCAGUCGCCUCUCCGAGUCGUGAGAUGGUUUAUAGCGAGGAAUUAUUCACUGAGAGUCUGUGGCAGUCAAGGAUGUGAGAUCAACUUAAACCACGCGCAAAAAGUUAGUUUCGUCUAAUGACAGAAGUCAGGGAGCUGUGAGGACUAGUCUACUCUGUACACAGGGCAGGUUGCCGUAAGUUGGCUGUUUGCUUGCAACAGAGAAAAGCGUCCGUUCACGGAGAGCGUCAGUCGCGGUGUGCGUCUUGUUUACGCGGGAGUGGUGUCUGGGUCAGCAGGAGGGGUGACUGGCUGAGUGUUGGUCGUGUGAUUGGACAAAUUAGGGGAGAAAUGGAGGGCGCAUACUCACAAGGCCUCAAGGGAAUCAAGCCAGAGCGUUCGACGCGCGUUAGGGCAGCCGGGAGUCACUGCAGCUGGACAGGCGGGGCCCCAGUUCUAGCCGGUAUGGGUGGUCGUGUGUCAGCGGCCUGUCAGUGCUUGUCACGGCCAUCGACCGACAAAACGGAGCCGGAGAAAAGGGGGGCUGGAGCGGCUGCUAAAAGUCAACGUCACUCAUCCCUACCCCGUGCGUCAGCCGACUGUUCAAGCAGGCCAACCAACUGAUGCUGAGGGUUUGGAGUGGCGGUUGACGGAACCGAGAGUGCCACAAGCAUAGAGGAGGAUGUGGACCCCUCGGAUCCCACGUGUGACAGAGCUGCCACAAGGAUAAGGCAGCCGGAUGGCACGCUCCUCACUUACAUGAGAGGGGCUUCCAGCUCUGGUCGCAGCGCGGUAGAUUCGUAAGUGACCGACCUGACCGAUGCGCGAGUUGAAUGCGUAAUCGCAAUGAGGACAGGUUGGAACCGAGUCCUCAUCGCAGGGAAUGUGGAUGGUGGUAAUAAGGGCGUCGGGGAAGUUUUAUUCGCUGGUGGUAGUGAGAUAGCUGGUAGUCCUCGCUAUCGUCUCGGAGGUUUUGGCAAGACUGACAAAGAUGGCGACGGCGGCGGGGCAUCGCGAGUGUGGCCAUCGGCGGUGGAGGAAGUCGCCCUCGCGGAUACCGUGCUGGCUGGUGCGGGGGUGACGCGUGGGGUUGUUGGGUUGAUGUUGCACUGGUUCCCGAGAUAUUCAACGAGGUCGAUCCUUGCGCGGAAAUUCUGUUGGCAGCAUGGGCAUGUUAGAGGAGGUUGGGCGUUGGCCUUAUGGGUGGGGAUGCUCAAAACUUGUGUGCCGCCUUUUGGCUUUGGCAGUGACUAUCUGGUUGGCUUCAUAGAUGGCUGCCCCAAUUAGCACUGCACUUCUCCCGACCACUGACUCUGUGCGAAGUCUUUCUAUGUUUUCGGUUCAUUUGGUAAACAUCCAUAAAAUUUAUGUUGUUAAUAGAAGCGAAGAAGCGAGUUCUAGGAAGUAGUCGCUAAGAUGGAGACACGAUCGCUGGAACAAUAGCUUUAAUAGCCUGACGUUUUGGAUUCUCACUCGAAUCCAUCAUCAUAGACAGAAUCAGAUAAGGGUACUGGAUUGCCCAGUUGUAGCAGUAUUUUUAACAUGUAGUUGCUAGGCCGCUACAUUGACAUCGGGGUCCCCACGACUGUGAAGCAAGCCUAGACCUUGGCUAAGAAAGGACACUAACCAAAGUAUCAAAGCAUAAACGAAAGGCGUCCGACUAUUCCGUGGGUAGAUGAUGUUUGCCCAAAUAACCAGAUUGUAGUGCUGUCUGGGUAUGCAGCUUCUCGACGCGUCAAGGGUCUUUAAUAGAAAAAAUUUUAUUUAAUAUCAGACUGAAGUCAAACAUGCGGCAGGGGGGGGGGGUGGGGGGCGCAUGGUUAGGGCGGUGGCGUCGACGGCAUACAUAAGGAAAAUUCUAGCGUCGGUUCCGACGAUGUCCACCGUGUCCCCUACAGCAAGUAGUGGGAGCAGGGACGGUGACUUGUGCGGGGGUUUAUAAUGUCGGCGAACUUGCGCCGCAUCUACCACACUCUCCCCAACCUGAGCCCGGUGUCAAGACAGAGUCAAGAAGACCGGAGAUGAGGGAGGCCGCAAGUGGAUGGCUCGGACGGAUCCUCACCUUGGCACUCCACCACACCCCCUGGUCCACACAACAAAUAACCAUGUUUUUGACCAGCAACAACAGAGAGUGGAGGCUGGCACGGCCGAAGCCGCACCUAGGUGUGUCGCCAAUGACCGGCUCGGAUCUCACACAGUGGGAGUGCCAUAAAGGCCACAUUAAGAAGGAGCCAUUGCAGCCUGACUGUCAGACCACCAGCCAGCCACUCCACACAAACGCACAGCACUGGGCCGACUGCGAGGUCCAAGUUGUCAACCUUCAAGGAGACGGCUUUUAGUUCACCUUGAAAGCUUCAAGCGCGUCAAAUGGUUUGUAGUGAGGAGGAAAAUGCUCUGAAUCGUCGACCUCACACUUCCUUCCCAUUCCCACACCUCAGCCACUGUCCGAGCCAGUCAGCUGACUGCAGCGGGGAAGGGGCGUGGUGGCUGACAUGGUCUAGUGACCUUGUCUGCGCUAGACACAUGCACGAUCUGGUCCCCCAAACCCAAACGCCAGGAUUUCGCACAAGGGGGGUUGAGCGGCGUGAGAGGGCCGUGGAAGGAGCUGUAUCGGCCCAGCCCACCAGUCCGCCUAUCCACACAACACACGCAUAUCUGGAUGGACUGCUUGUAUUGAGUUGGGGCUUCAAUCAGCAAUAUUUCCUCCAAUGAAGCUUGACGCGUCGGGAUAGUCUCAGGCUCACGUCACCCAUGCAACAGGAGCCGCAUGGAAACCGAGUGGAGACGCACACUUCCCACUUGUGUGGGAGAUGGCGGUUGGGUGCUUGCAGUGGAUGAUGUUGACGUGUGGGGAGGCCGGGAGGAUGUGUCGGUGUGGUGCAGCCGACGGUUGUCAACCACAGGUUUUCGUGGAUGCGCAUGCAACCGAAUAGACCCAUGCGGCGCAUGAAUGUGCGAGGGCAGUGUGAACAGCGUAGGUGGGUGCUGCCGGCACUGGUUCGUCAGUCUCUGUGCAAAAGCUUAGCAAGUGAUCGACCAGGCCGAUGAGUGAGGUGAAUGUGCGUGGACAGCGUGGGCAGGAGAGGUCGGUGUCAAUGGCGGAAAUAGUAGGGGACGCACAGGGCGACUGGGUGAGGGUGGGGCUGGGCGUGGUGUGUGUGUGUGGGGUGUGGGGGUGUCCAGCGGUGGGUUCACGUGAUGGUCGUGGUGGUCGCUCACUUGCUCGUAGGUGAGACUACGCCUAACGUCCAUUUGCUGGCACCAAACUCUCACCUGUGGCUCCAAGUAGCUGGGCUCUGCUCAGCGGCCACACCCGGGGAAACCGCCUCGACCGGCGGGCUAAACCAGGUGAGGGCGCUGUGCGCUCGUGCCGCGUGCAAAGUGUACUGCGGACUCCGCUAGAUGGUUGGUCGGAUGAAACACUGCGUCGGCAUCGUCGAGACGAGGCUCUGCCUGGUACGCCGUUGGAUAACUGCUGCCGGGACGGGUCUCUGCAUCGCCUUCGCUGAGACGCGCCCACCCUCGCCGACGGAGACCGCGGACUCACGCCAUAUGCGGUCGUUCUCCUCUACAAACAUAAAAGUCGUGGCCCCAUAGUGGGAUUCGGUCGCGCCAACGAGGCACAUGGGCAGCCCGAAUCAGGGGCGGCACUGACUGCCCCAAUGAAGGGAAGGGCCUAGAAAAGGAUGCCUGAAAAAAUGCUGGGUACCACGCCGUCUGCAUGCUGGCCAAUGUCGAAGAUGUCAUCAACACGGUCGAUACAUUCAAAAUCGAAACAACAACAAUACCAACAACAACAACAACCAUAAUCAUUCUCCUCAUCCUAACCCUUCUUCCUCUUUCUCCGUCUAUUCUUCUGCCUAUACUUCUCCUUCGUGAUCUUUUUCUCCAACUCCUUCCCGUCGCCCCACUCGUUGUCCCCAGACUGGCAGGGUCAGCCCGCUCACUCUGGCAGCCUGGAAUGUUCGUUCCCUUUUAGACAAUCCGAGGAGCCACCGACCGGAGCGGAGGACGGCUCUAGAGGCACGAGAACUGGCGCGCUACACGGUGGACAUCGCCGCACUCAGAGAGACCCGAUUCUCCGAACAAGGACAACUGGAGGAGGUGGGUGCCGGCUAUACCUUCUUCUGUUCGACCCAGGGCAGAGAGACGAGACGCGGAUGUCGCCUUCGCCAUCCGGAACGAUAUCGUGGGACGAAUGCCCUGUCUACCGCAGGGAAUCAACGAUCGACUGAUGAGUCUCCGGCAAGGAGGCAAUUUCGCCAACAUCAUCAGCGCAUACGCUCCGCCGAUGAGCAGCCCCGACGCCGCCGCAAGACACAAGUUCUACGAGGACCUGCACGCCCUAUUGCCGACUGUGUCGAAAACGUACAAGUUAAUUGUCCUUGGCAGCUUCAACGCCCGCGACGGCCCAGACCAUACUGCCUGGAGGGGAGUGCUGAGCAACCAAGGUGUCAGCGGCUCCAACGACAAUGGUCUGCUGCUCCUCCGCACCUGCGCAGAACACCGCCUCAUCCUGACGAACACGUUCUUCUGUCUGCCGGAGCGAGAGAAGGCCACCUGGAGGCAUCCUCGGUCGAGCCAGUGGCACCUGCUGGACUAUGUCCUCGUCCGGAGGCGAGAUCAGCGGGACGUGCUGGUGACGAAGGCGAUCACGGGUGCUGACGGGUGGACCGGCCAUCGCCUCGUCAUCUCGAAGAUGCGUAUACGUCUACAGCCUCGCAGGAGACCACAAGGUAAGCGACCCCCAGGUAAGCUGAAUGUUGCUUUGUUGUCUUUGCCCGCUCAUCAUCUUCAUUUCAGCAACGAGCUAGCUCAACGGCCAGACAACCUCCCCAUCGCCGAUGCCGCCGCUGCCGAGAACGCCUCCCUGGAGAACCGCUGGUGUCAACUGAGAGACACGGUCCAGUCGACGGCGCUCGCCGUCCUCGGUUGUGCUCCCCGCCAACACCAAGACUGGCUCGACGACAACGACACCGCCAUCAGAAAUCUGCUUGCUGAGAAGAACCGCCUACAAAAAGCCUACGUAGAUCACCCCACUGAGGACAACAAAGCUGCCUUCUACCGCAGUCGCCGACAACUUCAGCAACGACUGCGCGAGAUGCAGGACUCCUGGACUGCUCGCAAAGCUGAGGAGAUCCAAGGCCACGCGGACCGCAACGAAUGGAAGAACUUCUUUUCCGCGAUCAAAGCUGUCUACGGUCCGUCGAAGAAGGUCACUGCUCCUAUCCUCAGCGCCGAUGGCAGCACUCUUCUGACUGAGAAGACGCAAAUCCUAUAGCGAUGGGCCGAGCAUUUCCAGGGCGUCCUCAACCGCCCUUCCGUCAUCUCCGACGCCGCCAUCGCCCGCUUGCCGCAAGUGGAGACCAACGUGGACCUCGACCUCCCGCCAUCUCUCCAGGAAACCAUCAGGGCCGUGCAGCAACUCUCCAGCGGAAAAGCACCCGGAUCGGACGCAAUCCCUGCUGAGGUCUACAAGCACGGAGGACGCCAACUGAUGGAUCACUUGACUGCGCUCUUCCAGGAGAUGUGGCGUCAAGGCGAAGUCCCGCAAGAUUUCAAGGACGCAACCAUUGUGCAUCUCUACAAGCGAAAAGGGAACCGCCAAGUCUGCGACAACCACCGUGGCAUCUCCCUACUGAACAUCGCCGGGAAGAUCUUCGUCCGCAUCCUUCUCAACCGCCUCAAUAACCACCUGGAACAGGACCUUCUGCCGGAAAGCCAAUGCGGCUUCCGUCGUCAUCGUGGGACCACGGAUAUGAUCUUCGCCGCCCAUCAACUUCAGGAGAAGUGCCAGGAGAUGCGGACCCACCUGUACUCUACCUUCGUGGGCCUGACGAAAGCCUUCGACACGGAGAAUCGUGAAGGACUGUGGAAGAUCAUGCAGAAAUUCGGCUGUCCGGAGCCAUUCACUCAGAUUGUGCAUCAGCUGUACGACGGUAUGAUGGCGCGAGUCACGAACAACGGAGCUGUCUCACAGGCAUUCGCAGUGACCAACGGAGUGAAGCAGGGCUGUGUGCUGGCGCCUACCCUCUUCAGUCUCAUGUUCUCUGCCAUGCUGAUGGACGCCUACCGCGACGAACGCCCCGGCAUCCGCAUCGCCUACAGGACGGACGGUCACCUCAUGAAUCAACGACGGAUGCACUUGCAAUCGCGCGUAUCCACGACCACAGUUCACGAACUUCUCUUCGCCGACGACUGCGCCCUGAAAACCGCCUCGGAAGAGGAGAUGCAACGGAGCAUGGACCUAUUCUCCGCCGCCUGCGGGGUCAACGGACAUUCCGGGCUCAAAUCGGACUUGUUGGACAUCUUCGGACCAACUGCGCCUCUCGAACUGCACCAACCAUCGUCCCCCCGCCCGCCUCUUCCAUGUCCUCUCUGCAGCCAACUAACUCUGACAAAUCUUCUGAACCACCACCUCCAUCCUCCCCCUCCUCCUCUUCCUCCUCCACUGCCUCAUCGACGGCCGCUCACUCAUCUAUCGCUCAAGACAACACCGCACACAGCCCUGACUCAACACCAGACAUCAACCCUGCAGCUUCCGACUUCAGACGUGAGGACCAGGACUACACCUGCCCUCGUUGCGAUCGCACCUUCACCUCACACAUCGGCCUGGUCGGUCACUUGCGAAUCCAUCGCACAGAGACUGGAGAACUAG